AUGAAAUAAUCUAAUCAAAAAAAUAAACAAGCUGAACUAUUGACAAAGUAAUAAUAGUAAAAUGAAACUUUGUUGGCCCCAGCACUUAAUUAUUUUAUGAAUCCAUCUUUGUAAACUACAGAAUUAAUUGAAUCGUUAAUGCAUAUUCAAUUUCUCAAAAAUAAUUGUCCUGAAGGAAUGUAAUUACAUGAUUUUGUGAUAUAAGCUGCAAAAUAUGUAAAAUUUGAAACCUUUUCAUUUGGUCAUAUAAUUUUUAAUUAUGGGGAGUUUGGGGAUAAAAUGUAUAUAAUUUUAAAAGGACAAGCAGGAGUUUAUGUUCCAAAAUCAAAAGAUGAUAUUGAAAAUGAAUAAAAUUUAUAAAAUAUUAAGAAGAGUAAGAAAAUGCUUAUUUAGGAUGAUGCUCUAUUUGAAAAUAGAAACAAUUAAAAUUACUAUUAAAAUGGAAUAUAUCUGUAUCAUAAAGUAUGAAUAUAAUAAUAAAUAAAAAGGUAUUUUAAUAUUUCUCUGGUUAAUGUUUUGGUGAUGUUGCAUUAACAUCUGAUAAGCCAAGAUCAGCAAGUUUAUUGGUAAUUUCAGAGGUUAUGUAUUGUAUCUCUAUAAAUCGAUAACAAUAUAAAUAAAUGUGUGAAAAGGCUAUUCAAGAAUAAAAUAAAACUAUGGAAUUAUAUCAAAGAAUUUUACAUGGUAUUUCUCAAUUCAGUAUUUCAAAAUUUAUUUAAAAUUUAAGACCAAUAUCUUUUGUUUCUUAAUCAAUUCUUUGGGAAAAAGGAUAAGAACCAUAAUAUUUAUUAAUAAUUAUGAGAGGUAGAGUUGAAAUAUAUAUAAAUUUGGAUGAUUCUCAAAUUCUUUAAAAUAAAACUAUACCAGGACUAUUUACAAUUAAAUUAAAAAGAGUUGUGGUAUUAUUAAUAUUAUUAUUAUUAUUAGUUGAGUCAAAUCACUAAUGGACAUUUUGUUGGAUAAGAAGAAUUAUUAGAAGACAUUCCAUAAAGAAAGUAUAAUUGUCAAUGUGUUGAUAAUACAGAAGCUUUAUUUAUAGAAGCUGAAGCUUUUAAAAAAAUAAGAAAGAAUUUUCCUGAUAUUAUAAAUCUUCUCAAAAAUAUUACAACUUAAAAUAAGAAUUACAUUAAUUAAAGAUUAACAACUGUUGUAAAGAGUAUAUAAAAUUACUAAGAUAAAAUUAAUAAAGAACCUUUAAAUAAAAUAGAUAAAAGAACUUUUUAUGAAUGUUUGGAUUUAUAAUAAUAAAUGAAUUAAGAAUAAACUAAAGUUCUUAGAUCUAGAAAUAAAAAGUUAUUUACACUUUCACAAAGUAUAAAAAAGAAAGUAGAGACUUUUUAAUAAAAAUAUAAAGAUAAAUCUCCUUAAGAUUUAAUAAUAACAAAUCCAGAAUUAUAAUAAACUAUAUAAGAACGUUAAGAUAGAUUAUAUUAUAUAAAUAAUAAGAAAUUACAAUACAACAGACCUCGUCAUUAAGAAGGCUUUAGCUUAUCUAAUGAAAUUAAAAAUUUUAAAUUAAACUUUUCUAAAUCUUCUUAAAGAUUCUAACAAACAGAUUAAAAUUAAAUGGAUAGUAAUUUUAUAUAGUAUAGUUCUCAAUGUAUUUCAGAAGCAGCUCUUUCACCUGUGAGUAAAAAUUCAUUAUAAUUUUAACUAACAUAAUUUAGUGAUUCUUUAAAAAAAAAAUAAAACUUUUUAUUGAAAAUGUAAAAAACCAUGAGGUAAAGUAAUAAAAGCUAUCUUUCUAUUCGAAAUAUGAAGAGUCUUCACUCACAAAAUAAUAAUGGUAAAAUGAUCAAAACAGAAGUUAGUUUUAUGAAUGAACAAUGUUUGUAAUAUUAUUUGUUAUUUAAUAUAGAAACAAAUAUGAGAGAUCCUUAUAAUCUCUUCCAAAAUUAUUAUUAUAAGAAAAUGAAGAAAAUUGA